UUUGUUUUAUAAAUGUUACUAACCUGUUUCAAAUGCCAUUUUUGACAAAAAACUGCCAUGGUCAUGUCAAAUUUGUCAAAAUUGCCAAAUUGGUUUCAACUUCCAACAAGGGGUCAAUCGUAAAUCGUAAUACAGAAUAAUAAUUUACUUACAUCAUGCCUGAAUUAAAAAAUCGUAAUAGAUUGGAGAAAAAACAGUAUUCUACAGAAGAUGAGUAUGAAGAUACAAUGACAAAACCUCAUGCUGUCCCUAUAGUAGUUGCUGAUGAUGGUCAUGCAUUCAAAUUAGAUGAAGAAGCACUAAAAAAGGUUUUAAUGAAAGACGAACUAAAGGACAGAUUUGUUGUAGUUGUGUCAGUGGCUGGUGCUUUUCGUCACGGAAAGUCUUUUUUGCUCGACUUCUUUCUUAGAUAUAUGAAUGCUAAGUAUGUUUUAAAACAAAAUACAUCAGAAUGGGUUGGUUCAGAAGAUGCUCCUCUUGAAGGUUUCUCUUGGAAAGGUGGCUCAGAAAGAGAUACUACUGGUAUCCUUAUGUGGUCUGAAGUUUAUACAACAGAAUUAAGUACUGGGGAAAAGGUUGCAGUAUUGUUAAUAGACACACAAGGUACAUGGGACAGCAAAAGUACAGUUAAGGAAUGUGCUACCAUAUUUGCUCUUAGUACAAUGCUCAGUUCAGUACAAAUAUAUAAUUUGUCUAGUAAUAUACAGGAGGAUGAUCUUCAACACCUACAGCUUUUUACAGAGUACGGCCGUUUGGCAUUAGCUGAUUCUGGUACAACCCCCUUCCAAAGACUACAGUUCUUGGUUAGGGACUGGCGCUUUCCCUAUGAGGCUCCAUAUGGUGCUGUGGGUGGACAACAGAUACUUCAGAAACGUUUGGAAGUCAAUGAACACCAACACAAUGAAUUACAGUCUUUAAGGAGACACAUCAGUUCUUGUUUCACAGAGAUUGCGUGUUUCCUGAUGCCGCAUCCAGGUAUAAAGGUAGCUACAAGUCCUACUUUUGAUGGACGCCUUGCUGAAAUCGACUCGGAGUUUAAAGAUAAUCUGAGAAUUCUAGUGCCAAUGUUACUAGCACCCGAAAAUCUAGUUCUUAAAAAAAUUAAUGGCGAUAAGGUUAAAGUCAGAGAUUUUGUCCAGUACUGUAAAUCUUACAUGCAAAUCUAUGAAGGAAACGAGUUGCCCGAACCAAAGUCAAUGCUUGUGGCAACUGCUGAAGCAAACAACUUGGCGGCUGUAGCUGAUGCUAAAGAAGUAUAUAUAAGUAUGAUGGAGGAAGUUUGUGGAGGUGCUAAGCCCUAUCUCAAGACUGAAGCUAUUGAAACUGAACAUCGUAGAGUUAAGGACAAAGCAAUUCAUCAAUUUAAUAGCAAAAAGAAAAUGGGUGGUGAUGAAUUCAGUUUAAUAUAUAAGGAGCAAUUAGAAAAGGAUAUUGAAGAUACGUUUAAUCAGUUCAAAGCGCACAACGAAAGCAAAAACAUUUUCAAGUCUGCCAGAACUCCAGCCGUAUUUUUCGCCCUUGCCGUCAUGUUUUACAUUAUGUCUGGUUUAUUAGGUUUCAUAGGUAUAUAUUCGCUAGCGAACCUCUGCAAUAUGGGAAUGGCAGUUGCCUUUUUAACGUUGGGUACAUGGGCAUAUGUAAGGUACAGUGGCGAAAUGAGAGACGUUGGAUCAUAUAUUGAUGAAACUGCAAACUUUAUUUGGGAAAAUUUCCUGAAGACGUUAAUACAAGGCUACGUCGAAAACGGUAUGCAACAGGUGGCUGCAGAAGUAGCUGAGAGAACAUUAAAGAACGCCACACAAACGGCGCUAAAUGGUGGUAAAAAGAAUGCAUGAUUAGUACGUUUUAAGAAUACGCGUAAAUUAUUGAAAAUUCCCAACGCUAUCGCUUUGUUACAUAUAUCGUUAAAUUUAGAGGUGUCCUGUACCUAAAUAAAAAUCCUUAAUAUUUUAAUUGGAUUGUUGAGUCUUGCCAUCGUCUUAAAAUAUUUUACUUGUACAGAUUGUAGCCUUGUGUGUAUGUAUAUAUGUAACAUUUAUUUUAUUAUAUUGUGAUAUCUUGGCAAUGUUGGUAUUAGAGUAAAUCUUUUUAUUUAUUAUUUUAUAUUAAUAUAUGUUUUAUUUAAAACGAACUUUCGUUUUCACAUGACAAAAAAGACACAAAAUAUAUGCAUUUACAUAUCAAUUUGUAGGCAUGAAAAAGUUUUUAAUAAUUAUUCUUAAAUAUUUCUAUCUAAUUUUUUUUUUAUUUAUACUAAUCCAACAUAAUAUGAAAUAGUAAAUUCAAAUGCUGUACAGUAAUGAUUUCUCAGAUUAUCAACAAAUAUACAAGAUGUUUCAAAGUUAAAAGCACAAAAAGUAGCGGCAGACAAAUACCGAACUGAUAUGUUCCUAUUUUCUCAAUCGAGGCUUAUUAUAAACAUGUCAAAUUUUUUUUAUUACUCGAUUAUGAAUUAACCCGUUAUAUACUUAUAUAGGUACAUAAUUAUCUUAGGAAUAAAUUUGAAAAGCCUUUAAUGGGAUAUAAAAAGCAAAGCUAAUAAAAACGAAAUUUGUAACAUGUACGUUCGAGGCAGGGUCAAAUAAAAACUUUAAAAAUGUGGGCUACCGUUAAAUAGCGCACAUCAUAUUUACAUUUGCCGCUAUUACAAGCGACUUUUAUGUUUACCCGUAGUCUUUUGUUAAUUUUUAAAGUUUGUCCGUGUAUUUUGGAGUCACAAAUUGAUUUUAGAAUUGGCAAAUAUUUUUUGAAACAUAUAUCAAAUGUAUUUUAAAUCAUGAAAAAUUGUAUACUUAACAUUGUGAAUGAUAAAAAAAUUCUCAAUUGUGGUAUAUACUGGCCGGUAAUGACAGAUUUUUUACAACGUUAUUUUUGUUGUUAAAUGCACAAGCGUUACGAUAUUUUUUUAAACAUGCCCUUUUUUGUAAUUACUUGAAACAAUGAUUUAACAUUUAAAAAAGGAUUUAAUAUGAAGUUUAUAUAGUUAAUAUUGUCAAUAUAAAGAUUUUCAUACAGUUCUGUCAUGUAGCUUCAUUUCGAAAACAAUUUAAAUUUUGCAAAAAUUGCAGCCAUUUUUGAACAAUUAUUUAAAGUAUGCUACUUUGUCUUUCGUGAAAUUAAUAAUAAAAUGGCACGAUUUAGCAAUUUGCAUACAAUUUUGGUGUGUAUAGAUAUGUGAAUUUUUCAAAAGUUAUAUACAGAACAUGAACUCUUAACAAGCUUGUUGGAAAAUAAUUCGUUUUGGUCAUAAUUCUUAUUGAAUUAAUCUAUUCAAUCACAAAUUUUGAAAUUGAGAUUGAAUAAAAAUGAAAAAACAAUUAAAUAAAUUUUAUCAUUUAUAAAAGUUAGACAGUGUAUUUUUCAAAUAAUUAAAUUUCUAAUUAUAUAAAGGGAUCUAUCUACAUUUUGUAUUAUUUGUUAGCUAAAUGAAAAAGUCAGUAAUAUUAAAGGGAGAAGUAAGCUGUGUAUUCGACAGAAAGAUUUUCACUUAUAAUACCACUAGUGCCUAAAUUAUUUCCGGAAAUUUUUUCGAACUCACGAUAAUUUUCUUAAAAUAUUCGGGCGUGAGCAAAAAUAUUCAGACAAUUAAAAUAUAAGGUCAAUGAAAGUGUCUUUUACAUGAUUUUAAAAAAAUCAAAUUUUUUACCGUCUGUGAAACGAGAUAUAUCAAAAUGUGCAUAAUUAACACUCUUGAAGCCUGUCAUAUACACAAGCAAUGAUAUCUCGAAAACGGUUCUUACUAUAUUUUUUAAAAAGAUAUAGAUUUUUAAAAUAAAAAUAUUUUUAAAGAAGUCGACGCAUAGUGGGAUACAAUGAUUACAACUUGGCAACAUUGUAAUCGCUACACUUAACGCGCGGUAACUCAAAUGUCUAUUAGAUUACUGUAGGCUUGUUUUGGUUCUUCGAAAACUAGUUCAGAAUCACUGAAUUACAAUCGAUCAGCUAAGAGAUUAUUAUAACCUCGCGACGUGUUCUUGAAAAAUUAAUUCGUCCACUGUAUUUGAGAGCUGGAAUCGACGGUUCUGUUUGAACCAAAACAAACCCUUAAAAUUAGUAUGAGGAAGUCACAAAUAUUUAUAGGCAUACACACUCACUUGAUAACCCACCAUUCAUAUGUUUGCGACGUUGCCGGAUGGAUUUUACUUGAAAUAAUAACUGUAUCCGAAUAUAUAAACGUACGUGUUGUGUACAGUCUCUUACAAAAAUAAAAUUUUUUAGCAUUGAGAUUCUCGAACUUUUGGUAUUCACCAUUAGGUGAUAUUUUUGUGUAUGACUGUCGCGAGUGAACUCUACCUUAAUAAAUAUUUAGAGUUUUUAAAUGGGAGGAUAUCCCAGGUUUUUCUCUUAAACGUCUCUGUAGAGUGCUGCCUUAUCGUUGCACAAAUUUAAAACUCUCCAUAUUCUAAAGAUUAAGUAUAAUAGUAGGGUCUGUGAGAUUCUAUAUAUACUCUUGAAGCACUUAAAAAGAAUAACACUCAUUUUAAAACAUACAAAUUAAUGAUUUGUGUUUACUUUAUUUUCUCAAUUAGAAAUAUUCACAUUCAUAUUUGCCACCUUGUUACGUAUUGAAAAAUAAUAACGAAGCCACAGCUGAUAUAAUUUAAAAACAAUACAAACAAUAACACUGGCAACACUAACAUCAAAUCUGCUUUACUAGUUGCCUACGUGCAACUGUGUAUUUUAAUGGCGCAUGGAUCAUAUAUAAUGAAACGAAACACAUCAUUGACGUGGAAAGAGAACUGGAAGUUUGAAGUUUAUCUGUCAUGUAUCAUAUUGACGAGUAUAUCGGAAUUGUAUGCAAAUUAAUAUACUUGAAUAUUCUUAUGUAGCUUAUCACUAUUCCAAAUAGCAUUCGUUUAAUGAUUGUUCAACCUUAUUUCAAUUUUUAUUGUACACUGUUGGAAUCGUAUGCUAAGUCGCUAAAUCGUGAUAUUUUAUCAAGAAGUUUACGAAAAACAAAAUAGCCUACGUUUGUUAAUUGUCUGAAGUGCAUCAAUUAUUUUGCGAUAUUUUUUAGCGUAUGUAAAUAAUUUAAACACUUCUGAAAUGUGUGCAAUUUUUUUUCGCGCAUACAUUAAAUAAUUGUUCCGAGUAAUUACAAAAAAAGUUCAUGUUUAAAAAAUUAUCGCAACGCAUGUGCACACCGCGACUGUAUGCAAAGUUACUUUUCGUGGUCCAUUUAACAACAAAAAUAAAGCUGUGAAAAAUCAUACGUUAAAUAAUUGUUCUUUUAUACUUUUUCUUUUUAAAUUAAUAAUUUCGGGGCUUCCUACAAGAAGGAUGAGUAUGCAGAUUAUUUGCCACUGGACACGUUUUUCAAAUUUUAACAAAAAACAAUUUGCUUGCAUUUACUAAUCGUUAUAACUCAUCAAUUUUCAAUACAAAUUCAAAUUUGCUUGGUGAUGCCCUGCAUGCGAGCACUCUUAGAUAAUUGGUCAAAACCUGUAAUAAUCAUAACUUAAAAGAUAAAUACAUUAAAAAUCGUUGCAAAAAUAUGUCAUAAAUGACUAGUCUAUUAUUUGAAAGUAAAUAAACGAAAAAGUGUUUCACUGUGACCCACCCUUCCAUAUAUCAAUUUUGGAUUUAGUCCCUAUUAUGUUCUAUGUACAUACUCCGUAUGGGGAGGAUGAAUACCCAAAAUAAAUUACUAAAGGAAUGACAUUUAUUUGACAGAUCUUAAAUCUUAACUACUACUACUUUUAUUGGAAAAUUUAAUGAAUAUGUUAAUUUCAAAAUCGUAAAAUUUACCGCCUGUCAAAAAUAAUCGUAUGAAAAACAAUUCUAUAAAUUCAUGUUUAAUUUUAACAUAUCACAGUUAACUAAAAUGUUCAACUUAUUCCGCUAAAAUCUAUUCUAUAAACAGAAUUAUUUUAAAUUUUAAGUAUUAAAUGUUAGAAAUUAAGUGGUCUCUUAAUACUGCACUUCAAAAUUUAACAUAUAAGAAGUUAUUACUCUAAUGGUCUAAUUAAUCUUGUAAUUCAAGAAAUUAGUUAAAAAUGUGUGGUUAAAGUCUUUUGC